AUGACUUUUCAGUUCUCCGAGGGUGAAGCCGACAACUUUAGGUUUUACCUUGAGAAACGAACACCUGUACAUUCACGAUCGAACUCUACACUCAACAGGAAGCGAAGAGCAGAACUGAUUGCGAAGGCCAGAGAACGAAAACGGAUUUCUACUGCUGUCAGACACUUUUUCCCUCUUUUGGAGAAAUACGACACAAACCUUGAUGGAAAGAUUAACAACCAGGAAUUUCAAAAUAUAUACGAUCACUUUUCUGAAGAAGACAGACAGGCACUGUUUGGUGAUCUUGAUGGAUCAAAUGUUGUAUUCAAACGACUCGACAAAAACGGAAAUGGACAAGUGACGUUCCAGGAAAUAAUACGAUAUAUAGAAGGGAGAGGUCUGGCUGUCAAUCAGAGAUACCUGGGAUACAAACGGCAGGACGUAACGAGCAUCGUGUCCUACGCUUCCUCAAUAUUUGACACUAUGCUCCUAAACCUCAAGCGACUACACAUGGAGUAUGAUGACCUUGGUCGUACUAUUGGCAUCAAUACGGGACACAUUGAAACUGCGGACUUUGACCUUGAAGAAGAAGACAUCAUCUUUUUGUUGGAUCAAGGAAGAAACACAACCAUCGAUUUUCUGAAAAUGUAUGCUGCGAAGGAAAACGAGAAAUAAGCAAAAAGGUUCCUUUCUGAAAAAAACCAUGUAUAAAUGAAAUACAUAUAGUUAAUACUAAUGACAUGUUGUUUGAAUACAAGACAAAUAAGACAUUCAUGAUUUUUAGCUGUAAAGACCUUUCUAGGCGAUGUUGAUCGAUGUUUGGAAAUCUUUUAAAACAAGAUAGAGAUACUUAAGAUAGUUAUAACUGUAUUAUUGUAGGAUAAAUAGGUAGUCUGACAACGGACCAGUAACCUUUUACAGUCACCAGGAAUGCUAAAGUACAGUGCUCUGAUAUUUUGUUUGUUUUUUGUUUGCUAACGCCCUACAGGAACAAUAACGUUAUUUCUUAGUUUCAUUACAUCAGUAUUGAUCUAGGUAAUUAGGAAUUACUUCCCUUAUAUCAGUAUUGAAUUAGGUAAUAAGGAAUUACUUCCCUUAUAUCAGUAUUGAAUUAGGUAAUUAGGAAUUAAUUCCCUUAUAUCAGUAUUGAAUAAGGUAAUUAGGAACUACUUCCCCGACAUCAGUAUUGAAUAGAUAAUAAGGCAUUAAUUCAAAUUACUUCCCCUACAUCAGUAUUGAACUAGAUAAUUAGGGAUUAAUUCAUCUGCACCAGUAUUUGAACUAGAUAAUUAGGUAUUCAUUUCCCUACAUAACUAUUGAAUACGUAUUCAUGAAUUAUAUCCCCUACAUCAGUUUUGAAAUUGGCCAUGGUUAUAAGUGCUUACUUGCCCUAAAUCCGUACUGAACUAAGUAAUUAGUUUUUCCGGAUUGGGAAUUUUUCUUCUUUCAUGUUGCAACUUUAACAUAUUUCAUUUGAAAAUAUUUUUUUAUAAUAUAAUGGUUUGUGUUUGCAUCUGAUGUAUAUUUACGUAUUGCUUUUGGAAAAUAACAAGCUACUCAAUAUAAUCAUAUCAACUCUCGAAACUCUUAUUUGAAUUCAGCUAAAUGAUCAUAUACAGAUUCGAAAGAGACAGAGUUUUUAACAUAGAAAAACUAACCUGUACACAAUUAAAGUCAUGAAAGUUUUAUUAACGUAACGAAAUAAAAAGCAAAUUCCAAGCUGAAUAAAACACGAAAAUCCAAUGGAUUGGAGAUAAAUCACCAUUUCAAAUAUGUAUGGACUGGCUAGGGGCUGUCAAACUACGAAUCCAUUUUGUAAAGAAACACUGCAAAUGGUGUACUGGCCAUACCACCGAUCUUAUGUGUUUCCAGCAUAGAACAGAUGGUGUUGCAGAACACUGGUGAAAAGAUAAACAAAAUUUCAUUUGGGGAGUUGUAGAUUUCACGUCAACUACCAGCUACAUUUGUAUGUACUGAUAGUGACCAAUAUAAAUGUGAUCAACAUAAGACUCUCUAUUAUUAUCCUUAUAGAAACUACAGAAAGUAUAUUCCUGGCUGGUAUAUUUCUCCCUGUAAUGACAUGUCAUCAUUCUCAUAUUGGGCAUGGGUUGUAUGUAUCUCAUAUGAAGAUUUUGUAGAAUAUUAUGGUAAGGUGAAGGCUGACAGAAGAGACGAUCGAGAGCGUUAAAAAAAGAAAGAAAAAAAGGGAGAUUUGUCAGACAGUUUUGAUCGCCGAUAAUACAAACAGAAAUGUGGUGUUAGAAAAACCCUCCACUUCAUUUAAUAUUUUUGUUGUGACUGAAUCAUUAUAGUUAGGUUUGUAGAUUUUAUCUAGCAGCUGUAUUACAAACACGUAAAAUUUGUGUGAUGAAUUCGAUUGUUAAUUAUGUUUGUUACAUAAUCAUUUUGAACUACAAUCGAUUGAAUGCCGUCAUUUUGUACAUUCGAUUGUUAAUCUUUUUUGCUACAUAAUUAUUUGAACUAGAAUCGAUACUAAUUUUGUACAUCUCGUUGUGAAAUGUAAGAUGUUAAAGUGUGUUAAAUUCAAAUUAGAAAAUGAACAAUUUAAUCUCUAAUUUUGAAAAAAAUGACGUGUUUUUUUUCUAACUCGCAUUUAAUAAAUGUUAUUUGAAAAAAAGAAGUUUUUGAUCCCCAUUGAAACGUACGUAUGAAAUACUGGUGGUAAUUGUUAAUAUUUUUCAUGCAAGAAAAUGAAAUUUGAAAUAUUAACUUGUAUGUGUUUGGAGGAGUCGUGACUAUGUUUGUUUUUAUUCAGUUUUAUCUUUCAAUAAGCAUAAAUAUUUCAAUA